CUCUCUCUCUCCCUUCGAUGGCUCCUAGCAGUCUCCAUCUCCUAAGCCGGCUCAGACAAACCAUAACCAAGGUGAGAUUCCUCCUCUCCUUCAACCUCCGGCAAUGGCUCCUCUCCUCGACAGCUACUGCUUCUCGCCGCCGCCUUAGCCUCGACAGCCAGCCACUCUCACCAGGACUCCUCGACGCCACUGAUGAGCUCAGCUACCACUGGCCGUUCGACCCAGUUAUCUCCUCUCCACCGCCGCCUACGAAGCCUUCGAGCUCAAUUUCACAGCCUCUGACAAGGACAAUAUCGAGGGCAAUGAGUGGUUCAUCUGCAGCCUCAUCAACGGACGAUAUAAACCAAAGGGCAGACGAUUUCAUAGAGAACUUCUACAGGCAACUGAGGAUGGAGAGACAGGUCUCGCUUGAGCUGAGAUAUUGCAAUGGAAAGGAUAGUGUGUUCUAAGAGAUGAAAUGCCUUAUGAUUCUUUUAUUUUUUUUUUAAUUUCUAUUCUACUUUUUUGUGAUUAUGUUUAAUUAAGAAAAAUAUUGUCGAAAUAAAGAUCUGAUUUAUAUUAAGAUUUGUGAUAUAUAUAAUAUUAAAAAUCACAGUAAUUUCAAUAUAUCGGAUAACUUUGAAGCAUAUUCUCAUAUAUUUUA